AUUUAGUAAGGAAAGUCCUAAUCCUAAAAGAUGAGUUGCUAUAUUAUGUUAAACUAUUUUUUUCUUAAUUUAUAAAUAAAUGGCAUUAUUAGGUAAAACUUUAAAAGGGCGUACUACUAAACCAGGAGGUACUGAGUAGAAAAGAAAUAUUAAACUUAGAUAGAUUACUAAAUCUUAAUAAGAAUUUGAAGAGAGUCAAAAGUAGGCUUAAGUAACUUAGUUUGUUUAAUGUAGUUUAAAAAAGAGUAACUGCGAAGUAAAAUUAGAGAAGAAUAGAAAAUUGUAAAUUUUAAUACUAAGAAACUUAUGGCAUAUUGGAGAAGAACAAUGAGAGCAGUUAAAACUGAAUAAUUGAAACUAGACAUUGAAUUAUAUUCAUAAAAUAACAAAAGAGAAUUAGAUUCAAAAGAAGCUUUUAUUUAAAUGCUUGAUAAGAAUUUAGAUGAAGCUGAAGAUUAAUAUCAAAUUGCAUUAAGGAACCACCUUAUUCAUUUAGAGAAUUUUCAUUUAUUAUAAGAGAGUAGAAAUAGAGCAUUGUUGGAAGAAUUUGAAAGAGAUAUUCAAAUAUUAUAAGAAGAAUUUUAACUUGAAUUUGAUGAUAUGACAAAAACUCAUAAAUAAUAAGUUAAAGAGUUAGAAGAUAUGAUUAAAACAGUUGAAGAAGAAGAAAAGAGAAAAGCAGAAUAAGCAAAGAAUCAACAUUAAACUAAUAGAGAAGAAACCAAAAAUAAGGACGUAGAAGACACUAGUUAAAUGAAAUAAUAAUUAGAAGAUAAACAAACUAAAUUUUAUAAUGAUUUAGAAUAGAUGCAUUAAAAAUAUUAAUCAGACACUGCUAAGAAAACAGAAGAUCAUACUAAAUAUUAUGAUGCUAAUAAAGAUAUGUCUAAAAAGAUAGAAAGAUUGGUUAGAUCUAUUGCAAGCAAGAAAGCAAAGAUUGAUCUAACUAAAUAUAAGAUAUUAUAACAUACAAAGGAAUGUAAUGCUAGGAAUUAAGCUUUGAAAAAAGAAAAAGAAAAUAUUGCAAAAAACUAUCAAGAUUUAAAAUUAAAAAUGAAUAAAUUUAGAGAAGAAUAACAAAGAUUAUUAAAAGAGUUAGUAAAUAAUAGUAGAAAUGCAGUUUUAAAAUUAACUGAAUAUAAAGAAUUAGGAGAAAAGAUUUUAAAAACAGCAGAACUCUGUAGGAGAUUGGAAACAGAAAGAGAGAAAGUACUGCCAUUUUAUGAAGAUACAGUUGACAUGGAUUAAAUUCCUGAGAAUUUAAAAAAUGAUUUUGAAGUUAUAGAAAAAGAACACUAUGAAGAAUUUGCUUAUCUUAAUAAUUUUUACAAGAGAUAUAAUAAGGUAAAAUGAUAAUAUUUAAUUUAAAGGUUUUAUUAGAUAUUUUAGCUAUCUAAAAGUAGAAGGAAGCUUUAUAAAAUGAAAGCAAUUAACUUUAAUCUUUACUAAAAUAAUAUUUGGAUGGAUUGUCAUGUAAUGAUGAUGUAUUAUCAAAUCCAAAUCCUUUAUUUGUUAAAAACUUUAAUAUAGAUUUAGGAGAAAAAUAAGUGACUGGAGAAUCAUAAUAGACGAUAAUAGAAGGUGUAUUUAAUGUAAGGAGCACUUAAAUGUAAUUAUAAGGAUAAAGAAUAGGACCAUUUUAAUGA